UUGUUGUUGGAGCAUCUGAACUGUGAAAGAAGAACGAUUUAGGAUUUUGAAGCGGAAAAAAGUAAAAAAGCAGAGUUAAAAGGAGGAGGGAAUAGAGAGAGAGAGAGAGAGAGAGAGAGAGAGAUGGAUAAAGGAAAGGGGGUGAUGGGAGGAGGACGAAGAUGGGCGGUUGAGUUGGCGGACCACUCGACAUCACCGUCGUCAAGGGACGUCCCUGAUCCUCCUGGUUUCGCUCGUGCCUCCGUCGAUCAGGACGAUUCCACUCUUACUCGCCAAAAGAAGGAUGCUGAAGCUAAUUGGAAGUCCCAGAAAGCUUGGGAGGUGGCACAGGCCCCUUUCAAGAAUUUGCUAAUGAUGGGGUUCAUGAUGUGGAUGGCUGGCUCUACAGUCCAUUUAUUUAGCAUUGGAAUUACUAUUUCUGCUCUUUGGCAGCCCAUUAGCGCCUUACAGGGUGUAGGAAAGGUUUUUGAACCUUAUAAAGACAGUAAGGUAGAUCUUCUUGGCCCCAAGUUGUUGUUCAUAGCCCUUAAUUUGGGGGGUCUAGCACUAGGUGUUUGGAAGCUAAACACUUUGGGUUUGCUUCCUACACAUGCAUCAGACUGGGUUUCAUCUUUACCUCCUGCUCAGGAAGUGGAAUAUUCUGGUGGAGGAAUUCCUCUUCGUUGAUGUCAAUGUUAGUGUUUGGUCCAUAGGACUGUCGAUCUCUAAACAAGGCGGUUGGAACUUGGUGAAGCAGAGGAGAUUUGAAUUCUGUGUUCUGGGUGAGUGCUGAUGGGUCCUUCAUGUAAUAUGGGUGGCGUGGAAUUUGUGGCACAAGUUUUUGUUUAUUCGAGUAGUGAAGCAUUGUGUAAGUCAACUUUAUUUAUGGCCAGAGAGAAAAAAGGGGCCUUUGGAUACAUAUAUUUUUAAAUCAAAUUAUCAAUGGAUUUAGGUUAACAAUUUAUUAUUAUUAUUA